AUGGAAAUUGUCACCUCGACCAUUCCCAGCAACCUCUCGGUCAUUCUGACCCAGAAGGCCCCACCCCGGGACAAAAUUCUGAACGACGACAUGGCCAAAAUAUUUUUCGUGGUGGUCAAGUGCGCCAUGUACGAGGUGAGCAGCGUGAUCGGCAUCGUGACGAACGGUCUCUGUCUCGUCGUCUUCCGGAAGUUGGGUUGUGGCGAGACGGUCAACGUGACCCUGAUCGGGUUGACCAUCUCCGACCUGGCCAGCGUGGUUGUCCUCUUCUGGAUGGGCAUCUGCUUCAACCCGCUCUUCACCUACUCCGACGUCUACUUCGACACGCUCUCCGUCGUGUACCUGAGUGGGGGCUGGGUCAAGCUCUACCUGACGCGGGUCUCUAGCUGGAUCACGGCCUUCGUCACGCUUGAGCGCUGCCUGUGUAUCGCCAUACCCCUCAAGAUCAAGGCCAUCAUGACGCCCAAGAGAGCCGCCAUCUUUAUCUGCGUCUCCUUCUUCCUGCUGGGCAUGACGAUGCCGCCCGUCUACUACACCACACGCCUCGAGUGGCUCUGGUACCCGGACCGGAACAAGACCCUCCUCGGCAUGGCCUUCACCCCGGAGCGCGAGUUCAUCUACAACAGCGUCAUCGCCAUCAACCUUGUCCUGACCUUCGCCGCCUUCGCCGUCAUCAUCGCGUGCACGUCCAUCCUGGUUCUGAACCUGGACAAGAAGGCCGAGUGGCGCAAGAAGUCCGUGUCUGCGGACAAGCAGAGCUCCAUGUCCAGCAAGGACCAGAAGGUCUCCCAGAUGAUCGUGCUGAUCGCCGCCCUCUUCGUGGCCAGCUUCUUCCCCGGCACCGUCCUGUUCGUCACCAUGCUCAUCGUGCCGGAGUUCAACCGCGGCAAGCUCUACAACAACCUCUUCACCACCGUCUUCGCCUUCUCCCACAUCCUGGAGGCCGCCAACGCCUCCAUCAACCUGUUCGUCUAUCUCAAGAUGAGCACCAAAUUUAGAACCGUUUUCUACGAGACUUUUGCUUUCAAGAAAAAGAAAUGA